AGUAAGGGGAGGGUGGGACCCCAACCUAGAGCAGCGAGUGACUGUACCAGCAACAAUGAGAACAAUUUGAAGAUUGUCCUGAGGGAGGGGUCGUCCCUCCUGCGCGGUGAGUGGGGAGAGUUGUGCUCCUGUGUGCCUGCGCGCCGUUUGAAGAGGGGUCUCCGGGGAGACACCCUCAAGUCCUUGUGGCGCAGCUGAGAGGCCUCUGGAGCCAGCUUCACUCAUGAGUUAGGGACAAGAUUAAGCCUGUCUCUCUCUUAGGAAUACCAUGUUAAUUCUAGGGCAUUGAUGUUUUACAAUGCCUGAUCAAGACAAAAAGCUGAAGACCACAGAAAAGCCGCCUGAUAAAAAGCAGCAAGGAACCACCACCAGGGACUAUUCAGAUCUUAAAAGACUUCGGUGCCUUUUGAAUGUCCAAUCAAGCAAACAGCAGCUUCCAGCCAUUAACUUUGAGAGUGCCCAAAAUAGCAUGACGAAGUCUGAGACCGCCAUCAAGGCAUGCGGGCCCAGAGCUCGAGGUCAGUGGCAUGAGUCCACAGAAGCUGUCGAACUUGAAAAUUUUAGUAUAAACUACAAGAAUGAGAGGAAUUUCAGCAGACAUCCCCAGCAUAAAUUGUUUCAGGAGAUCUUUACAGCUUUGGUGAAAAACAGACUCAUAUGCAGGGAGUGGGUUAAUCGAGCCCCGUCUAUUCAUUUUCUGAGAGUGUUAAUUUGUCUGAGGCUACUAAUGAGGGAUCCAUGUUAUCAGGAGAUACUCCAUGAUUUGGGUGGGAUUGAAAACCUGGCCCAGUACAUGGAGAUUGUGGCCAUUGAGUACCUGGGCUACGGAGAAGAGCAGCACAGCGUGGACAAGCUGGUCAACAUGACAUAUAUUUUUCAAAAACUGGCUGCCGUCAAAGAGCAGAGAGAAUGGGUGACCAUGAGCGGAGCCCACAAGACACUAGUCAAUUUACUCAGUGCCCGGGAUACUAACGUCCUCUUGGGUGCCCUUCUGGCCCUGGCCAGCUUAGCAGAAAGUCCAGAAUGUAGGGAGAAGAUAAGUGAACUCAACAUUGUAGAAAAUCUGUUGAUGAUUUUACAUGAAUAUGACUUACUUUCCAAAAGACUGACUGCGGAGUUGCUGCGCCUCCUCUGUGCCGAGCCCCAGGUGAAGGAGCAGGUGAAGCUCUACGAGGGGAUUCCUGUCCUCCUCAGUCUGCUGCACUCGGACCACCUGAAGCUGCUCUGGAGCAUUGUCUGGAUUCUGGUCCAGGUCUGUGAGGACCCAGAGACCAGUUUGGAAAUUCGCAUCUGGGGAGGCAUCAAGCAGCUGCUUCAUAUUCUCCGAGGAGAUAGAAAUUUUGUUUCUGACCGUUCUUCCAUCGGAAGUCUGUCCAGUGCAAACGCAGCUGGCCGAAUUCAGCAGCUUCAGCUGUCAGAAGAUCUCAGUCCUCAUGAAAUACAGGAAAACACUGUCUCUCUUCAAGCAGCCUGCUGUGCCGCCCUCACAGAGCUGGUGCUCAAUGACACCAACGCCCACCAGGUGGUCCAGGAAAAUGGUGUAUAUACAAUUGCAAAAUUAAUUUUACCAAAUAAACAAAAGAAUGCAGCAAAAACCCAUCUACUCCAGUGUUAUGCUUUCAGAGCCCUGAGGUUUCUCUUUAGCAUGGAAAGAAACAGACCACUCUUUAAAAGACUUUUCCCCACAGACUUGUUUGAAAUCUUCAUCGACAUAGGACAUUAUGUUCGUGACAUUGGCGCCUAUGAAGAAUUGGUAUCAAAGUUGAAUUUGUUAGUGGAGGAUGAACUGAAACAAAUUGCUGAAAAUAUUGAAAGCAUUAAUCAGAACAAAGCUCCUUCGAAAUAUAUAGGCAACUAUGCCAUUUUGGAUCAUCUGGGAAGUGGAGCUUUCGGCUGUGUUUACAAGGUUAGAAAACGUACUGGUCAAAAUCUUUUGGCAAUGAAAGAAGUGAAUUUACAUAACCCAGCAUUUGGAAAGGAUAAAAAAGAUCGAGACAGCAGUGUGAAGAAUAUUGUUUCUGAAUUAACAAUAAUUAAAGAGCAGCUUUAUCAUCCUAACAUUGUACGUUAUUACAAAACAUUUCUGGAAAAUGACAGGCUGUAUAUAGUUAUGGAACUUAUCGAAGGAGCACCACUCGGAGAACACUUCAGUUCUUUGAAGGAAAAACAGCACCAUUUCACUGAAGAAAGACUGUGGAAAAUAUUUAUACAGUUGUGCUUGGCUCUUCGGUACUUACACAAGGAAAAGAGGAUUGUCCAUAGGGAUCUGACACCAAACAACAUUAUGCUGGGGGACAAGGACAAAGUGACCAUUACUGACUUUGGUUUGGCAAAGCAAAAACAAGAAAACAGUAAGCUCACGUCUGUUGUUGGAACAAUCUUGUAUUCUUGCCCAGAGGUACUGAAGAGUGAGCCAUAUGGGGAGAAGGCUGAUGUUUGGGCUGCAGGCUGCAUCCUCUAUCAGAUGGCAACUCUAAGGCCUCCCUUCUACAGCACCAACAUGCUCUCCUUGGCUACAAAAAUAGUGGAGGCAGUAUAUGAACCAGUACCAGAAGGUAUUUACUCUGAAAAAGUGGCAAGUACCAUCAGCAGGUGCCUCACUCCUGAUGCGGAAGCCCGUCCGGACAUUGUAGAAGUCAGUGCGAUGAUAUCAGAGGUCAUGAUGAAGUAUUUAGACAACUUGUCUACGUCCCAGCUAGCGUUGGAGAAGAAACUGGACCGGGAACGGAGGCGCACACAGAGAUAUUUUAUGGAAGCCAACAGGAAUGCUGUCACGUGUCACCAUGACCUGGCUCUGCUUUCUCACGAAACCUUUGAGAAGGUGAGCUUGAGUAGCAACAGCAGUGGAGCAGCCAGCCUGAAAAGCGAGCUUUCAGAAAGCGCAGAUCUGGCCCCUGAAGGCUUCCAGGCUCCCUGCGGGAAGGAAGAAGACAGAGCCUGCGAUGAAGUACUGUCUGAGGACAACUUCAACCUGGAGACUAUUGAGAAAGAUAUAUAUUCAGAGCUGGAUGAUGAAUUGGACAUUUCGGAUAACUCCAGCAGCUUGAGCUCCAGUCCUCUGAAGGACUCUACAUUCAGCAUCUUAAAGAGAAGUUUUAGUGCUUCGGGAGGAGACAGACAGUCCCAAGCGAGGGAGUUCAUUGGUGGAAUGGGAUCAAGACCAAGACCAGCUUUGCUGCCUCUUGACCUGCUUCUGAAAGUGCCACCCUUCGUGGUCAGGUCCCACGUUAAGGAAGUAGAGGCCGAGGUAGUGACAGGUUGGCAGUCCCAUAGCCUUCCUGCUGUGAUUCUUCGCAAUCUCAAAGCCUCUGCGGGGAUUGCCGUGUCUCAGAGGAAGGUGCGUCAGAUCAGUGACCCUAUUCAGCAGAUAUUAAUUCAGCUGCACAAGGUCAUCUACAUCACACAGCUUCCUCCAGCUUUGCACCACAAUUUGAAAAGAAGGGUUAUAGAGAGAUUCAAGAAAUCCCUCUUCAGCCAGCAGAGUAACCCCUGUAAUUUGAAAUCUGAAAUUAAAAAGUUAUCUCAGGGAUCUCCAGAACCAAUUGAACCGAACUUUUUCACAGCAGAUUACCAUUUAUUACAUCAUUCAUCAGGUGAAAACAGCCUGUCCCCAAAUGACCCCACAGGUCUCCCCACCAGCUUUGAUUUGGAGGAGGGAAUAACAUAUGAACAGAUGCAGACUGUGAUUGAAGAAGUCCUUGAAGAAAGUGGCUAUUACAAUUUUACAUCUAACAGAUAUCACUCCUAUCCAUGGGGGACCAAGAAUCACCCAACCAAAAGAUGAAAAUACAUUUUGAAUGCACUUGGUUUUCAUGGUGAAGUUCAAAUUCUGAUCUCAUUCACUGCUCCAAGAUGUCCAAGGACUGAACGUUGAUAGAAGAGGAUGGAAGAGAAAAGACCAAAAUACAAUGGAGCCUGCAGACCUCUUUUCAGGAGGCCCUCUGCAGGUGUAUAUGACAGCUAUAGUUCUAGAGAUUUCCUUUCCGGCAGUCAUUAUAUACAAGGUGACCGGGCUGUCAAUGUAUUACUGGGAGAAAAUGCUGCAAAAUGCAUCUGUUUGUGUGUAGAUGGGGAGAUCAUACACAAAGAACUUUCCUCCAAGUUAAAAAGAAAAAAAAAGACUUGUUAUAUUUUUCAAAGAAACAUUUUAUACUCAGAAUUGCUAAACAAUGUUGAAAGACAUCUAAACUUUCAUGUAUAUAAAAUAGUUUUAGAUAAAGAGAAUUACAAGACACGAUGAUAUAUUGGAAGAUUCACUAUCACCUCAAUUUUUAUCUUAAAAGAUUUUUUUAAAUGUGGCUUGUUUGUUUGUUUGUUUGUUUUAAAGAAAAGAUUGGUUCUCUUAACCGCUUAGGUGCUAGUGGUCUUGAACCAUGAUACAAUGUAGACAGUAUUUAUAACCUUGCACAGCAUCUGGGAAUAACUUAAUUGUCAGAUUUAACUUAGAUUCAUAGCAUAGACUUAUGUAUAGUAUGUAUAUAUGUAUAUAUGGGGGAGAGAGGUUUUGAUUAGAUUAAUGCUUUGCUGCUAAUCAAACUUUAUAGUAUUUGUAGAGCACUUCAAAGAGUUCACAAAAUCUAUGAGAGAGACAUUUUUCCUUAUUCUAAGUCAUUAUUCCUUACUACUAAAAUUUCCUGCAUUUUAAAUUAAUAUUUAUUGUUUGAGAAUGUGAGAUGAAAAUAAGUUAUAUAAUAAAAUAGAAAUUCCUUCUUUACUCAUUGAGGCAGCCCAAAGAAAGAGAACUCGGAAAGCCACACAGUGUCCCUCUUGCUAAGCAGGAAGCAUUUAUGAAGAGAAUUUACUAGUUUUUGAUUGGCCUACGCUUCUCUUCAACUGGCUUAUUAUAACUCUAGUGUAAUGUAAAGAAAUGUCCUCAUUGCCAAAGCAAACUUCAUUUAUUUGUACCUACUUAAAGAACAACUUAUUCUAUAUAAUUUGUAAUCUGACAGCAGGAAUUAUAAUCACUGUGUUCUGUAUCUUUAGUUACAUCUAAAUAUUUUAGCAUGAUUUAAUGAAUUUUAAUAUAUGUACAGUGGUUAAAUAAUUUAUCCUUUCUGUUUAGUAUGCAAUGUGAAUGUAUACCAUUUUUAAAGUUAGUGUGUUUAAUAUUUCAGUGAUAUUCGAAUCCCCUUUAAUCAUGCACUGAUGCCUUUGGAGGUUGCCAAUGAAUCUUUCUUUGUCUUUAAGCCAAAUUAAACAUUAAAACAUACUAAUCUUAAAUUGUAGAUACAGAUAUAGUAAUGAAAAUAUUCAGCUUGAAUUUCAAGCCAAUUUCAACCAUAUAAGCAAUUAUUACUAAAUUUACUCAGGCAAAAUUUUAUUUCUACACCAACUUAAUUUGAACCUGUACUGGCAUUCUUUGCAUUUUUUCAAGUGUGGAAAUAACAUUUCCUCCUCUUGCAAGAGGCACAGGCUUUAGAGCCACAGAUUCUAAUUGUGAUAGAUUUAUUAAUUUAUUUAGAAUUUAUUCUAAGCCCAUACUUGGAAUAAACUAAGCUAUGGGUUGAAAGUUUGAAUAAUCCAGGGUUUUUUCUUAAAUGGUCAUUUAUAGUAAACAACAUCUAAAAAAGAAUAAUAUUUAGAAGUUUUACCUUGGUGAGAAGUAACCAAUGACUUAUUUGAGGUAUUUAAAAAUGUGUACAUUUGACCUUAUUAACCAAAAAGGGAGCAAAAUAUUAUUAACUCUUUAAAGAUAGGGAAAUGGCAUUUAUUUUGCUAGAAGCCAAUAAGAGUUAACAAAAAUAAGCAAAAGAAUGUCCUUUUCAACAACAGCUUUAGCCCCAUCAACCAUGAUGAUAAAUGUAAUGUUUGGCUAAACUAAUGAAAGUGCUCUGAGUUCUCCCUCAGACUAUCACAGUCACUGACUCCACUUCCUCACACUACAGGAGAAUGUCCCUAAGAAAAAGUUAGGCAGUAGGUAGGGAACAAUUUCCCACAGGGAGACACAACAGUCAAGUCAGCUUUUUUAAAGCUGUUAGGUUUUAACCUUCAGACAAACAGCACAUCCCCUCACAGUAAUAAACAAAAAUGGCUAUUUUGUUUUUAUCCACCUGACAAAACGUCUUCAGAGCAAAGAAGUUGUCACUUAAACUUAAUCGGCCUCAUUAUCUUUUCUUGAUUGUGUUGAAUUUUUUUCUCUUCCUCUCUUAUAAUUUUUAAUGAUUUGUUGUGGGAUGACAUCCCUGUGAAUUCAUUGAAUCCAUUUAAUUCCCAGUGACCAAAUAUUUGUAGGGAAUAGAAUUUGAAUUACUCUUUUCAAAUAACUUGUGAUACACAAAUGCUUCAGCUAAUUAUGAUUUAAUCCACCAUCUCUAUCUGAUUGUCUGUACGUGAAACUGUGAUUUGCUUUUUAAAAGCAAAAUGUUCCAUUCUCAGGAAAGUGACUGCAGCCUGGGGUAUUUACGUUCUGGUUUUUAACUUUGUCUUGUUUUAGAUAUGUAGUUUUUAAGUGCAGAUUUUGGGAACAGUAACAUGGACACUUGGGUCUACUACCUGUGGAUAAAUUUCAGAACCCUAGAGAAAUGUCGCUUAUUUUUAAUGUGGGUGUUUGUGUGUCCGUGGGCAAUGUGCCUGCUGCGUUCUGGCGUUCUAAAGCGGAACAUAAUUUAAAAACACUGUUGUGAAUUUUGCUCAAAUUAUAUAACUGAUGAAGAGUUACGCUCUUCUACAGGAGCCAUCUAUGACUCAUUAAAUGCAAAAGCAAAGACUGGCUGAUUAUGAGCAAUUUCAACAGUAUCAUCAGUUAAUCAAAACAUACUUAAUAUGUGUGAAGGCAAUAAUAUUGGUUAGUCAAUUCUGUCAGUAUUAAUGUGCACACAACCUACAUUCCUCUUUUUGAUUUGCUGAGUUGCAAAAUGCAUCUCUCUCUCUUUCUGUCUCUCUGUCUCUGUCUCUCUGUCUCUCUCUCCCUAUCUCUCUUUUUGCAGUAGUGAGGCACUAUGCACAGUAAAUAUGAUGGAUUCCUUUAGAAAUGACUUUAGCUUCUUUCUAAAGGGAGACAGGAAAAAAGCAAAAAAGUUCUUCUGAAGCAACUUUUAUUGUUUGCCUUUUACCUUUUUUUAAAAAAAAUUGCAAUAUUCAAGCACAAUCUUAACAGGAGAGGCAGUGUAAAGCAAUGUGGACUAAAACAGCUUCUCAGCACCUUAGAGACAGAGCUAUGAAUGUCUCCUAAGCAAGGGCAUCUUCCUGUUUCCUAGAACUGUCCAAAACUAAAAUUCUUCAUGCUCAGUGACUGAAUGUGACAACAACCAUAUCUUAUAUGCACCUAUAUGAUAUGUCUCAUUGUGUUACUUAUUCUUUGGAGAAAGUGACAUAGUUUUGGGUGGAUUAUUUUUCAGUUGAAAUGUGCUGCUAACUUACACUUACCCCUCAGUGCCUUUUUCAUAUUGAUCAGCAGACACAAAUGUCUCAGGGAAACAACUUCUGAUAAAACAAUUCUUUUAUGUAUCAUUAUAGUAAUUGCAGAUUAUAAAUAUGACUGUUGUGAUAAAUUAUAGUCCUCCUAUGAUAUUAUUUCAAGUUUUGCAGUAGGGACAAGAAAGAGCUCAUGAUUUUUAUAAGUGAUUGAUGGAUACUGCUAAUUUAUCAGUUCCUUGGAUCUGUAGACAGUAGGAUUUUUUUUUUGAAAAUGGUUCUCUCUUUUAUUUCUUGGUUUUUAAAAUUUAUUUAGAGAAAAAAAAGCAAAAAAUAAAAGAGUGUCAUUGUUUGAUUGACAGUAGUUAUUUUUAAAGCUGAAGAUGACACAGCUAAAGUCAUAGUGGGAUUCUUCUGAAGGGUGUGCUCAAGUUUUUACUAUAAGUAUGCAGCAUUUGAUUAAUAACAUAAAAUUUUAAUAUAGUUCAUUAUUUUAUCCUAACUGUAGAUGGAAGAACUUUUAAUUGAAAAUAUGACUACUCAUCUAAAAGCAAGAAGUUGUUCUUUUUAUCUCUCUUUGUGUUUUAAAGCUUUCUUUGCAUUGUAACCAGCUACUGAAUUUAGAAUUAAUAAAACUGUUAUAACAAAUAUAUAUACACACACAUAUAUAUAUAUAUAUAUAUGUGUGUAUAUAUAUAUAAAAUCUAAAUUAAAUGUAAAUCUUUUCUCCAGUUAGGAGUUUUAUCUUUAUGGAAAAUUAUGGCUAAUUGCCAUUUGACAGAUAAUCAACAAACCUGUUUAGACUCUUGGAAUUGAUAGGGUGAGCUUACAUAUGAAAAACAUGUAGAGAAUUUUUCCAUCCAAAAAGUAGAGAAAAAUUUGUAACAAAUUUUUCAAACCAAAAUGAAUAAAUACUUUUAAGUUCCUUCGUACUUUUAAAUCAGAUUGUGAAAGUUACUUAUAGGAUGAUCUUUUUAAACUAUAAUUUAGGCAUACAUUUCAGGUCUAGAUUCUGAAAAAGAAUCUUGUUUGUUAAAUAGCUAUUGAAUUUCAGCUGAAACCUGAAUCGACCCCCUUGGUUACUAUGUUUACUUCAUACUUCAGGGAAUUUUGGAGGAAAUGAGGCUGGAUUAGGGGUGAAUAGAUAUAAGUACCCAGAAGGGGAAUCUCAACUUAUUAAAGAUGGAAGAUAGAUCUUCUAUGAAAGUGGGAAAAUUCUUGAAUCAAAUCUGCUUUAAAAGUUGGAGGACAAAUAGAAGGUAGUGAUUAGGCCAACAAGCUGUUCACCUGAGUAGUGUGGCAAGGUGAAGCUUUUAUGAAACUCCAGAAAUGUGAGUGAUGCAUGUUGCUAAAUUUCCUGGAAGCAGCUGACCAGAUCCUUUCCCACUGGGCAGUUUUUCUUUACUGGAUUGUUAACUGGAUACCAUUAUAAGAAGGAGACCACGCGAGACAGCAGCAGAAGGCCCUGAAAGAUGCUCAAAGAAUAUUUUGGCAGAAUCUGUAAGGCAGGGUCCCAUGGAGUAUUCUAAAGGCAUUAUAUUCUUCAAAGAAAUUUUUGUUUUUUUCUGAUUCUGGGUAUUGAACUCAUGGCUUGGCGAAUGCUAAGCACCUGUCGUAUUAACUAAGCUAUACACUCAACCUGAAAGGAGCAGUUUUAUCUGUCAAUAAGUGAUGUUACUCUGCCCCUGGGAUCUAUGUUUUCUUCCUCAUCUUUCAACCAUAUCCCCAGAGUCAUUCUAUCUGAUGAUGGAAUUUUUUAAAGAAAUAUGCAUGGAAAAUAAAUAGCUAAAUGCAGACCUCUUGGAUAUGCCUGCAUUUAGCUUGAUUAGAAAAACAACAAAAACAAAAAUUACUACACGAUAUUUUAGUUGUCUGCAAGGAAACCAACCAAUGAGUAGGCUGUGGACAAAGUCUAUCAGUUUACUCUUCCAAACUGGGAGAUGAAAAUCACAUAAAAGAAAAAUCUUUUGAGUGAAUUUUUUUUACUGACAUUUAGUGGAUCAAAACUGAAUUAUGUUGCUACCUGUAUCACAUUACUCCCACAGGUGAGUUUGUGAGGAUCAAAAAGAAAGGUGCUGUCCUUUGGGAGAAAGCAGUGUCUCCAAUCUGAAGUCACCCAGAGAUUCUAUCUGCUGGACUGCCUAUGUCCAAGGUGAAAGCUAGUACCUACAGAAUCCAAAAGUACUUUGGAUGGAUAAAACAGCAUAUUUUAUUUUUUGUUUCAGCAACUCCCACGCUGGAUUCCCCUUCCUCCAGCCACCCAGCCCCAUUUCUCCCCAGAGAAUAGACUUCCUACAGGAGUAUGUCUGUUGUCUGAAGGACGUUUGUCGUUCUGUGGGGGUAUAUAAUAUGAAAGGUAUAUAUGGGGAUAAUCUACUCUUUUGCAUGUGUGUUUUGUUCUCAAACCUCCAAAAAUAUUCCUUCAUAAGCACAGCCAGAUUGGACAAUGACCAUGGCCUGAAAAAGAAGAAAAAAGAAAUGCUUCUGUAAUGAACUUACAUAAGACAUGUACACAACCAUUACUUUUGCUAUUGUUUAAAGAUUCUGUGUAAAAUGUUAAAGAAAAUUUAAAAAUGUAUUUUAAAGUUACAGGAAAAAUGAUUUAUCUUCUAUCAAUGAUCUUUUCUCUCCUCUCACUA